GUGGACAAACGUGUAGCUCUUCAUUACACAAGAGAAUUACGUGCAUGCGCUCUGUGAUGACAGAGACGCAUCAACUUACACACUAGUGAAAUGUCGGAGGUCAUGGCUCUUGUCUCACUACGGCGAUGUCUGUUCUUUAAAGUGUAAUCAUAUCAAGUGUGGUGUUUUUUAUUUUUUAUAAUGAAUGAGUAUAAUAUCUGCUUUUAGUUUGUAGCCGUGCACACUCAAAGGUCAAGAAAUGGAGCACUCGGAUCUGAUGAUCAUUAUUGGAGUGUCCGUCGGAGCCGCUUUGCUGGUUAUUGUAUUCGUAGUAAGUAGAUAUAUAUUUUUUUUUAAAAAAACGUUGCUUGUAUAAUAAGACGUCUGAAGGCCUUGCUAACAGAUGCUUUGUGUAUUGAUUAUCCUCCCCCUAGCAACGAGACUGUCAUUAGACGUACGUACCGAGUGCUGGCACCGACGAUCUGUUUUAUCAUCUUAGGUAUCCAAAAGAAAAAUUUUAAGACGGCAAGUUUCUUAUUGAGAUUGAGCCUCUAAUUCAGUGGUUCUCACCCUACCUAAAACUGUGACCCUCUAAUAAAUUUCCUUAUGUUAUGGUGACCCCCCCCCCUCUCCCCGGGCAGCGGUUUUUUUUCAUCCAUAAGUUGAGGGUCGGCAUGUUCGUCCAUCUGCAGUGUUUUUAAACGGGGGUGGGAAUGCAAAAAUCUUAAUUCGUCCCGGGAUGGCACUAAUCCUCGCUACGCCACUAUUAAAGCCCCUCUCCUCUUAAUCGAGACAAGUUUUACUCAAUAGACAGCCAAAUAUUACAAACACAAGUGUAUGCCAAAUGGAUUUCAUUUAAGAUAUUAAAAUGUACGUUUUCAAAGGAAAAAUAAAACGUAUAUGUCUGGUAUUUUAAAAUCGUAUCAAUGCAUAAGACAGUUUUAUGUAAAUUAUGAUUUUUUGUUCUGUAUUUUUCAGUGCUGGUGGUGUUGCUCUACCAGAUGCCAAAGCUGUCGAUGGGAGAACGACUCCGGGGUAAGCAUAUUAAAUCGUACCGUUUUUAUGACUAGUGUCUACACUUAGAAUUUAAGGUCAUCGUAUUUUAAUUAUUUGAUUUACAGAUCCAUAUAUUGAUUACCUGAGGUCAUCGAUAUUUUAAUCGUAUUUUUUAUGAUUUCCUAAACCUCUUUGAAAUCAUUUUUGCCAGAUCAGAUAAAAAUAUAUUUAAGAUAAUAUUGUAGAAAAUCGGUCCUUCCGUGCAGGUAAUAUUAAGAAUGACGAUUUAAGAUGCUUUUAAAAUAAUUUUAAAAAAAGCGGGUGAAAGCCUACCUCCGUUGACAGAACAAAAACAAACGAAGGAGAAAGAACAAAUCCUAAUAAAUACUUAAACUACUUGCAAGAAUAAAUCUGUAUAUGCCCCAUUCCUUCUAUGGCCCACUCCUAUUCCCCACUGCUAUAUACACUCUUUCCAUGCCUCACUUCUUCCAUGCCCCAUUUUUUAUAUGCCCCACUUCUUGCAUGCUCCAUUCCUUCUAUACCCCACUCUUUCUUUGCCCACUCUUCUAUGCCCACUCUUGUAUGCACCACUCUUUCUAUGCCCACUCUUUCUAUGCCCACUCUUCUAUGCCCCGCGCUUUCUAUGCUUCACUUUUCUAUGCCGCACUUUUUCUGUGCCCCACUCUUUCUAUUACCCACUCCUUCUAUGACCCACUUCUUCUAUGCCCCACACCUUCUAUGACCCACUCCUAUGCCUCACACCUUCUAUUAACCACGCCUUCCAUGCCCCACUCUUUCUAUGCCCCACUCCAUCUAUAUCCCACUCUUUCUAUACUUAAAACAAAAAACGCAAUUAAAACAUAUACAACUAAAUAAGUUCAACGCAUCACUUCCUACUCUAUGUUAGUGAAUAACUGGGUAAAAAGAUGUAACACACAUGCAUCAUUGGAUCAACGGAGGCUUCAUUUUCUUCCACAGUUAUAAAGUUUUUAAAUGUCUACUUAAAAUUGUAUGGUUCCUAUAAAGGGUCUAGAUUUAUUUUCUGUAUAUCUUUACUUUUUUUUUAAAAAUAAGGUCAACAUUUAGACUUAUUGUAGCGGGAGUUUGUUUCAUAAUAAAGAUCAUAUAUGAAGGACUUCCUUCAAGCUGUGUGAAGGAAAUAGUAGAACAAGGUAUGUGGAAGCUUGAAAUGAAAGACAGGACAAUAAGAGAAGAACGUUUCGGCCUAGAGCCUUCCUCGGAAGAAGGGAAAAAUGAAAAUACUACAAGAAGUACAACUAGUUAAAAACGUAUGUUUUCGUCAUUUUUACCGCCGGAAGUUGGAUUUUCCGAACCCAAGAUUACCGGAAGUAAAAGAAAUGUAUUUCUUGCAACUGUUUUUGCUUCUAAAUACUAGAUCGCUUUGUCAAUGUCAUGAAAAAAAUAGUUCUAUUUGUAUAUCACCAGAUUUCCUGUUUUGUCGGGUAUAUACUCAUAUACCAAAAAAAAAUAUUUUUCCACAGGGAUUUGGCUACAGGACACAGAUUAAUGAUGACAUCGAAAGACAGUCGAAUGUUGCCGUUACAAGAUCCUCAUCGUGGUCUCCUAGCACGCAGCCAUCGACUGCACGCGGGUUGAGGGCAGACGAGCAUCAGCGCCGGGCGGCGCAUCAGCCUCGACGAGGGGUUCUAGAAGAGCGGCACGUAGCGAGGCAGCUUCCUCAACAGCAGACCCUAGACGAGUUCUACAAACAGCAACUUAGAGAAUGGCAGCGCCAGCAGCAGUUUCGUCAAGCCUCCGCCGUGCAGGAUCAGCACUGGAAUGAGAAUGAAGUUGCACGAGGACCAGACUCUCGAAGGUAAAGAUAUAGGUACAAAUAAAAAUUGGUCAAAUUUAAAUUCUAGUAAACGUAGCCUCCAGCCAAAGUGUAAGGUGUGUAAAUGUGUGUAUCUAGGUCGUGGGCCUUCUUACCUGUUACUUGAGAGAUAUGGGCUUUAUUAGUUUCGUGGAAUACGUUUCGUCUGUUGUCUUUGUUGUCUUAUGUGUCUAGGGUGUGUCUUAUAUUACUUUUGCGCCAGCACAAAACGUGAAUACAUUUCCUUAGUGGUCACAUCCAUUAAUUUCAUUACACUCACUGAACUGCAAAUCGAGUGAUGUGUAUAACUAUCCCAACAAGAGAAGAUUUUAAGUAGUCCUUUAACAUUGACAAAGUAACGCUUGUUACUACAUGUAACUUGACACUACAAUUAGUUUCCUUCUCAUCUUCUAACUCAUCUGUCCACACACCACAGCCUCUAAUUCGUCCGUCCACACACCACAGCUUCUAAUUCGUCCGUCCACACACCCCAGCUUCUAAUUCGUCCGUCCACACACCACAGCCUCUAAUUCGUCCGUCCACACACCACAGCUUCUAAUUCGUCCGUCCACACACCAAAGCCUCUGAUUCGUCCGUCCAAACACCAAAGCCUCUGAUUCGUCCGUCCACACACCAAAGCCUCUGAUUCGUCCGUCCACACACCACAGCCUCUAAUUCGUCCGUCCACACACCACACCCUCUAAUUCGUCCGUCCACACCACAGCGUCUCAUUCGUCCGUCCACACACCACAGCCUCUCAUUCGUCCGUCCACACACUCCACACACCACAGCCUCUGAUUCGUCCGUCCACACACCAAAGCCUCUGAUUCUUCCGUCCACACACCAAAGCCUCUGAUUCGUCCGUCCACACACCAAAGCCUCUGAUUCGUCCGUCCACGCACCAAAGCCUGUAAUUCAUCCGUCCACACACCAAAGCAUCUAAUUUGUCCGUCCACACACCAAAGCCUCUGAUUCGUCCGUCCACACACCAAAGCAUCUGAUUCGUCCGUCCACACACCACAGCCUCUGAUUCGUCCGUCCACACACCAAAGCCUCUGGUUCGUCCGUCCACACACCAAAGCCUCUGAUUCGUCCGUCCACACACCAAAGCCUCUUAUUCGUCCGUCCACACACCACAGCUUCUAAUCCGUCCGUCCACCCCAAAAGCCUCUGAUUCGUCCGUCCACACACCAAAGCCUCUGAUUCAUCCGUCCACACACCAAAGCCUCUGAUUCGUCCGUCCACACACCAAAGCCUCUUAUUCGUCCGUCCACACACCACAGCUUCUAAUUCGUCCGUCCACACCAAAAGCCUCUGAUUCGUCCGUCCACACACCAAAGCCUCUGAUUCAUCCGUCCACACACCAAAGCCUCUGAUUCGUCCGUCCACACACCAAAGCCUCUGAUUCGUCCGUCCACGCACCAAAGCCUCUAAUUCGUCCGUCCACACAACACAGCUACUCAUUCCUCCGUCCACACACCACGGACGUUCUUGUUUAUUAUUCGUGUUAACAAAAACUUAAAUAUCCUCUUUUCAAAAAAACAAUUUGACACCCACGGGUUGACCACAAUUUUACAAUUCAUUUAAAUAUUUAAAAAGUUGGUAAAAGGCCCACGGGCCUCUGAUUGGGAAUCCCUGCAUGUCCUACACACCAACCUCCGGUACACCCUUAAAUAAGUUUUUCAGCCGCCCCCCACCUCACCUCCCCCCUUCCCCCCAUUGUGCCGAAGGAACUCCACGCCAUAUAAAUGUUACCAUUCUGGAGAAACGCAAGAUGAUAUUGGAAAUGAAACUUGCUUUUCCAGGCAGCUUUCAGAAACCGAAACAAACUGAAUUGGAAGGAAACACAAUCCUUUAAACUGAUUAUAAUAUUUUUUUUUUAAAUGAUACGUGGUUAGUUUGAAAGCCUUCGUGGUCCCUUAUCGGUGCUCUCAACACGUCGGGUCCCUUAUCUCAUCGGGUCCGAUAGCCAGGUCCUUUCAGAGGUUAAGAGGAUUGUACAAAAUUAUCGCGGUUUAGGUCGCCCCCCCCCCCCAACGGCUACCUUACACUAAGAAAAAAGCCAGAACGUUCGGGUCCCUUAUCUCAACGGGUCCGAUAGCCAGGUCCUUUCAGAGGUUAAGAGGAUUGUACAAAAUUAUCGCGGUUUAGGUCGCCCCCCCCCCCCAACGGAUACCUUACACUAAGUAUAGAGACAGAUCGGAUGUCCCAGCAUCACUACUCUUAGUCGAGGCACUAUUUUGCGUCAAAGAUAAAUGUUGCGAUGGACAAUUAAUUUAUUUGUAUUAAAUUAACAAUACUUAUUAAAACACCCCUCCCCCCGUGCUUAAAACACUUAUUCUGUCUGUCACGCUAAAUGUCAACCCCCACGUGAUCUCAAGCAUUCCACUCGACGUGAUCAUUUAAUCCAAGCCAAGUUAUCGAAGGCAAGAGAAGAGUGAUAUAGAAUAUUACAGUCUGUAAACUGCCACCCUGCACUCAACGUAGUUUUCAAAGUAAUUUUCUAAAUAUAAAUGACCAAUGCAGUUAAUUUUUUUUCUUGUUAAUUGUCUAUUGAAUGAUUAAACAUAAAAAUGUUACAUUAAAGGUUUCUAAAUUGAUCCAUUAAAUACUAACUGCAAACAUAACUACACUUUGACUUUUUUUUCCCCAGAAAUGCUGAAAAAACAUUAGACUUACACAAUUACUUUCUUCGACAAGCCAUGCAAGCGUUCAUUAAGUUCUUAAAGGAAAAUGAGAGCAGUAGGUACAGAUUAUUCAACUGGUAUUUCAACAACAAAAAAAUGAUUUAAAAAAUUAUCAAUUUAAAAAAAAAUAGUAACAAAUACAAAAUAAAAUGAAUGAAAUGAAAGAGAGCAUAGAUGAGUCAAAGAAACUGAUUGUCUCUUACAUAUUCAUGAAGAUGAUUAAGGGAAUUUUGAUUUUUGUGAUGACUUUCGCAUCUCUACUGUUGAGGAUAAUUUAGGGAAACUACAUACCAUUUUAGCCCAUUGUUUUAAUUAAUUUGUCAAUAUACAUUAACUCCGACGACUAUUACGAUAAAUUAGUUUGUGUCCUAUCUUAAGUCUUGUUUUCUGCGAAUAAAAAGGUUUGAGUUUAAUUUUAUUUCCAAUGUGCCCCGGGAUAAGAGAUAUUAUUUUAAAAUAUUUACUGCAGGCAAAUAACUAGACACGUUUUCUCCCUUAAAACACAGUUUACCAUAAGAACAAUUGCCGGGAAGCGGACCGAUAUGUCUACAUCAUAACAGGACGCGGCCUGCACAGCAAAGAUGGGGUUCCAAAAAUUAAACCUGCAGUCGAGAGUUACCUUGACAAGCAUAAAUACAAGUAAGAAGACAUGCAUACAGUUUUGUGACAUAAAGUUUUGUGACAUAAAGUUUUUGUGACAUAAAGUUUUGUGGCAUAAAGUUUUUGUUACAUAAAGUUUUUGUGACAUAAAGUUUUGUGGCAUAAAGUUUUUGUUACAUAAAGUUUUUGUGACAUAAAGUUUUAUGAUAUAAAGUUUUGUGCCAUAAAGUUUUUGUGACAUAAAGUUAUGUGGCAUAAAGUUUUUUUCACAUAAAGUUUUUGUGACAUAAAUUUGUGUGGCAUAAAUUUGUGUGGCAUAAAGUUUUGUGACAUAAAGUUUUGUGACAUAAAGUUUUGUGGCAUAAAGUUUUUGUGACAUAAAGUUUUUGUGACAUAAAGUUUUUGUGACAUAAAGUUUUUGUGACAUAAAGUUUUUGUGACAUAAAGUUUUUGUGACAUAAAGUUUUUGUGACAUAAAGUUUUUGUGACAUAAAGUUUUUGGGACAUAAAGUUUUGUGGCAUAAAGUUGUAUGACAUAAAGAUUUGUGACAUAAGUUUUGUGGCAAAAAGUUUUGUGACAUAAAAUUUUGUGACAUAAAGUUUUAUGACAUAAAGUUUUUGUGACAUAAAGUUUUGUGGCAUAAAGUUUUUGUUACAUAAAGUUUUUGUGACAUAAAGUUUUUUGGCAUAAAGUUUUUGUGACAUAAAGUUUUUGUGACAUAAAGUUUUUGUGGCAUAAAGUUUUGUGACAUAAAGUUUUAUAACAUUAAGAUUUGUGACAUAACGUUUUGUGACAUAAAGAUUUGUGACAUAAAGUUUUAUAACAUUAAGAUUUGUGACAUAAAGUUUUGUGAAAUAAAGUUUUGUGGCAUAAAGUUUUCUGACAUCUACUGCUUAAAAAAAUGUUAAAAGUCAAAGUGAUAGACCCAACUGUUAGGUCUGAGAAAAUCCCUCUUAACUAUUUGGUCGUGGCCCGCACUGCAACGAUUCGAAGUUAUAAUUAAACCUGGAGCACAAGGUCACCUCGACAUGAAAAGUUGAAAAGUUGGGGAGAUCACCGGUUUCAAGCUCCGGGUAGGUGAAGGCAAAGGCGAAUCCAAUUGACGAAAAACUGAAAUUGGACCGCGGAAAACAAGGGCGCAGUUGUUUUUUUUUUAAAUAAUAAUAGUCCACCUGGCCGCCUCUGUUUAGCCGUGUAGAUGAGGUGGGAUAGAGUCUCCACAACAAAACCCCACCCGGUGCUGGAAUAGGUUAGCAGUGACAUUGCCUGCAUCUAUACUUUCAUACAGUCUCAUUUUUUUUUCCACAAUACUAUCUAACUUUUCAAGAUCAGCAAAUGCGCUUAGUUUAUUUAUUUUUGAGGCAAAAAUAUCUCUAUUUAAAAGACAAAACACAAUAAUUGUUUAAGCCGUAUCUCACAAUUCCCUUGACUAUUGCUAUAUUGCUGCUAUUCGGUAUUUUGUUAUUUCUACUCCAUAUUUUGUAUACAACUGGCGUCCUAAUUUCCUUCCGAUACAUCACAAGUUUACUCUAUAAAAGCCAAAAAUCUCGAUCAUGACUGCGGCGUCCUUUGAGUUGACUUUAUUUUCAGUCAUUUUAUUUUUUCUUAACAAACCUUAAAAAACUAUUUUUUACGUGCGGUUCAUUUCUUUUUUUUUCCCCCAUAGGAAAAGCUGGGAAAAUGCAGGUGGCAUGGUUACCGUGGAUUUUCUGUCCAGAAAAGGGAAACGAUCAAACCAAUAGGUCAAGAGUGGUGAUUUCCCUUUUAAUUUAAAAAAAAAGAAAAGUUAAACUUUGGCCAACCAGGAAAUCUUCGUUCUGAUGAUAUUUUACCUGCAGGAAAGCGAUGAUAAACAAAAGAAAUCUCAUGAUAGACGGCCGUAUUACAGUAUCCCCGAAAAUGCAGGUCCGACAGUUUGGUAAAAUAACGGGACACCCUAGUUACCUGCAAACUACAGAAACAAGCGUAGGAGACGAUACAAUGAUGAGGCUUUAUGGGUGUACAGAUUUUUGAACAGAAACCUCAUCUGCCGCGUCACCGCCAGUCGGAAUGCAGCACUAAAAUUGGGCUGGAUUGUCUGGUUGAGCUACAACAAUGGGUAACAAUGAAGAUGUCAUAGGGUGCUUUAAUUAAGAUGACAUCACUAGCCCAUAAUGAAGUGUUUGCUGAUUUUGAAGACGAGAUCAUUAGGUCACAGUGAAGAUCACUAAAUGACUAAGAACAGAUGAUAUCAUUAGGUCAAAGUGAAGAUCACUAAAUGACUAAGUACAGAUGAUAUCAUUAGGUCAUAGAGAAGAUCACUAAAUGACUAAGUACAGAUGAUAUCAUUAGUUCACAUUGAAGAAUACUGAAUGGCUAAGUAGAGAUGGAAUCACUAGGUCAAAAUGAAGAUAUAAUUCAAUGCCUAGUAUUAAAUCAUUAGAUCACAGUGAAAAAACACUAAAUGGCUAAAUAAGAUGAAAUAAGAAAAUAUAAAAUAGGAUAAAUGCUUUUUAUUGUCAAAAAAAAUGAGAAUGCUUUUUUAUUACAAUUUACAAAUAUUUAAAAACUCAAAUAAUUUAACGUUUUUCCCAAGUGCAAAAAUCAGCCGUAAUAUGCCACGGAAAUCGAUUCCCUUAUUUACAAUAUUGUCUAUAAAAGUGAUUAAUUUGAUUUCAUAUCAGCUGCGGGAAGUAGGCUGGUAAAUUAUGUUGAAUUAGGAAACAGAUGAAUUUGUAUAUCUUUUUUUUCCAUAAAUUUCUGGGAAAGAAUUCGCCCUGAUCAAAAGGAUCUUUAGUAAUUGUGAUAAAGAGGGUGUUGGAUGUGUUCGCCAUUUUUUUUUUUUUUUGAGGGGGGGGGGGUAGUUUUUCAAAUAUAAAUUGUUUCAUGUAAUUUUUCAAGCGAAUGUAAUUUUGUUUAAGCAAUAUUGCUUGCUUUCUUAAAAAAAUUUAAAUGGUGUUUGAUGUGAAGCGAUAUGUUCCCAUUCGAACAGGUAAUAUUUAAGUUCAGUAGGCCUCCAAUUGUUGCACUGCAGAAUACGUUCAUAGUGCGUUUUUAACGCCAAAAUUGUGUAAUUUUAAACAUAAUAAAAAUACUUUGUUUAUUUUUAUUUUUUUACAUAGAAUUAGGCCGGUGUGAUGCCACGUCAGCUAUAUAUCAAUGGUGGCACCUAGCUACUUAUGUGUCUCUACUUGCUCUAUGUGGUGACACCUAGAUACUUAUACGUCCCUACUUGCUAUAUGUGGUGACACUUAUAUGUCCCUACUUGCUAUAUGUGGUGACACCUAGAUACUUAUAUGUCUCUUAUAGCUAUAUAUUGUUAUUUUUUGAUUGUAUGAUCUGCAACUCCUAACUUAGUUACGUUUUAAAAUUGCAUUUAUAUCAGAAAAUUUUAUUAUUGGGAUCUUAAAAUGAUCGGUAUCCAUUGUAUACAGGAGAGGGCAGAGAACACAACCUUGCGGAGCCCCGGUACUUGCGUUUCUAGUUAGGGAUAUCUGACCAUUGACGUUAACAUAUUGUGGACGAUUUUGUAAAAGUUCAGAAACCACGCUUGAACAUUUGAAUUUACAUUUCACGAAGGAGUUUUUAGAAAUGGAAUUCAUUAGAACACAAUAACAUCUCUGAAUCGCUUUGUAGAGAUACACGUCUAACUGAAGAUCAAUCCAUGACUUAGAAGAGAUGACAUCGUAUGGUCACAAUGCAGAACAAAAAUGAGACAUUUCUUUUAAGUGACCACGGUGAUGCUAUCAUGAUAUCAUGCUAACAUUAGCCGCUGAGAAUACCUUCUAAAGAAAAAGAAAACUAUUAUUUCGUUGCAUCUGUUUAAGUUUUCUACACGCGAGGUAUGCAAGAAUUCAAAAUGCCAAAAUGUAACAUUUCUAAAAUCGAUUUAGAUCUUCAAAUCCCUUUUAAAGAAAUAAGCAGUUUAGUUAAAUAAAACUAGAGUUUGAUUGUUUUUUUGUUUUUUUAAUCGCAUUGUAAUUUUUUAACAAAC